AAUGUCAUCUUCAAAGAUAUUGUAAUAUUUCACAAAUUUAGAAAGUUUAAAAAAUAAUAAUUUUUUAGCUUUAUAGAUUUAUAUCAUAAAAAAUAAACUUUUAGCUUCACGUCGCAAGUAAUAUAUAUUAAUUGUGGAAAAUUUUGAAUAAGUUGUUAUGGUUUUAUAUAUAUUAGAGGAUAUUCUUCUUAGUUGCUUUGAUAUUUCAUAGCAAAAAUUUAGGAAACACACAUGAGGAGUCAUUAUGUUAUAAUUCUAUCAUUAUGUUUUAGAAUAUUCGUUUUUAAACGUUCAAGUAAUAUGAUACUGUGUAAAUUAGUUUUUUCGAUAUAAGGAAAUAUAUAUUAUUGUUGCAACAGAAUCUUCGUUUUGAAAAAUCUUAUUAUAUUGGUUUUAAAGAUAAACAAUGAUUUGGAUAAAAUAGAAGGACAUCAUAUAUUGGUUUAAAUGCUCGAUGUUGAUAUGAUAAGACCGGUUUGAUGGUUCUUUUCAGGUGAACAGGUUCAAAUAAUCAAACUCGAAUCAUCACUUGAACAUGUAUAAAUAAUGUGUAAAUGACUACAACAAUCUAAAACAGAGGUUUUAUGGACCAUUUUAGGUGAAAUGUUCGAUUGUUAACGACGAACCAGCUGUAUGGUCUGUCUACAAAUGUCGUUGAUACGAGUUGGUUUUGUUUAAUACAUGAACGGCAUGUAUAUUAACAUACCAGAACUUUCGAACAGUACGAAAAUGUAUUAGUCUAUGAACAAAAUGGUUUAUGUCUAUACAACCAUUAUAUAUAUAUAUAUUGGUUAAAUUAGUUAAAUCAAAUCAGUAUUUGCAAGUAUACGAUGGUUUACAUUACCACUAUGUAUAAUUUAUUAAGGAAUUUAAUAUGAGUUUGUUAAUCAAUCCGGUUUUAUAGAAAUUGAUGUUAUAUUAGGAAUGAUAUAUUAUUAAGCCAUAUUAUUAUAAUAAAUGAAUGAUAACUGAUUUCUAGUGAGUAUCUAUUUUUUAAAAUAUCACACAUGAAUUAAAGUUGUGAUUUCUGUUUUAAUAUAUAAGAUACAACUAGAUUUUCCUUAGAUCUGAUUUCUAUGCAACAAGAGUUGUGGAGCCUCCAUGCAAAGGAUGUAGUCAUGUAGACCCGGCUAGUUUAUAUAUAUAUUAUCGACUUGAACUCAUUUUUCUCAUCUCUCAUCUUUCAUAUUUAUCUCUCCGCACACACACAAUAUAUAUACAUUGACACUUUCAGAUAAAAAAAAAAGGAAGCAGAUAGUUAAUUCAUGGAUGUGAAAAAGCUAAGGAACUUCACGAAGGAUGAUUCCAUCUUGCAAACCAUGUAUUUCUCUUGCUCUUCGUCUUCUUCAAAACACGUUUUCGCAAGAAGCUUCUCAACUAAAACUUCUCCUUCUCCAUCUUCGAAAUCCCUUUUCAAGAGAAGCUUCUCAACUAAAACAUUAUCGUCUCCAUCUCCGGAGUCCCAAUUCACGAGAAGCUGCUCAACAAAAGCUUUGUCUUCUUCUAGUUCUUCGGAUCCCACUUUCAGACGGAGUUUCUCCACCAAACCUAAAACUUCUAAGUCUCUAUUUGAUCUUUCUAGAAACAGUUCUACCAAAUGUUCAUCUGAUUUAUCUUCCAAGUCAUCACUCUCUAGGUGCCUGUCUCAGAAAGGAGCUUCGGUGACCCAAAAAUGGUGUAGAGUAGCAAAGGAGCACAAGUCCCGAUUGUACAUCAUCAAACGCUGUGUUUUGAUGCUCGUUUGCUGGCACAAACAUUCCUGAGAUUCAUUGCAUUGGACCGGAAUAAGAAGGCAAAAGUAGUUACUACAUUCAAGUAAAGGUUAUUCCAUUUGGUUCUGAAUCUUCGUUAGUCUUAUUUUUGUGUAUUAAUGACACUGUUUUAUAGAACCAUCAUCUGAAUCUAAGUUUAAAGUUCCAUUUUCUAUGGCAA